CUGAAGUUAUAGAUAUAAUAGGCAAUUUUGAAGUACUGUACAUUAAAAAAUCCACAUUGAACAGUCCUGAUAUUGUUUAGGUGACACACUGAGGUGGUAUAAGAGUGUUGUAAAAAAUAUAAAAACUGCCUAGCAGUUUAAAAACAUCUUAAAAAAGCCUAGCAACCACCUAGCAACAUAACUGUCAAUCUUUCCCAUUUGGCCUGGGUUAAAGACUUCAAUUGUAGUGCAAUUGAGGUUCUUUUUUCAAUACCAUACAUCGUUUUAUGGGUAAAAUUAUAUAUACAUAUAUUUAAUUUUCUAAAUGCAUUUGUAUUUUAAUUAAUUCACAAUCGACAGACUGAAACCACGUUCGAAAUAGAUCGCUUUAUUUUGAAAUCCAAAAAGCCGCUUUUACCGUAAUGCGCAGUACUUGCGCACAUAACAAAACCGAGUGAGGGCUAGUUUGACUGUCGUUUCCGAAGUGGCGGCUGGCUUGACCGCAGUGAAUCUGGAGAUGGGGUGCUGCACGGGGAGGUGUAUGUUCAUAUUCUUCUGCGCAGUUCAGCUGAUCGCUGCUGUGGAGAGACAGGUGUUUGAUUUUCUAGGUUACCAGUGGGCACCCAUCCUUUUCAACUUCCUGCAAGUCAUUGUGGUGAUAUUGGGUUUGUUUGGGACAGUCCAUUAUAAGCCCAGAUACAUUAUUUUGUAUAUAGUCUGGACUGUGUUUUGGGUGACCUGGAACAUCUUUAUCUGUUGCCUUUAUCUAGACAUCGGUGGCCUCUCUAAGGACAGUGAUUUUAUGUCAUUGGGGCUUUCCUCUCACCAGACAUGGUGGAAAGACAAGAGCCUGGGCUGCAAGAAUAGAAACAUCCCAAACACUAGGUGGCAGCAUCUCAACAGUCCUGCUCAAGUCUCUGAGCUGGGGUGCAUACUAGAGUAUCAAUACAUUGAGGUCCUGCAUAGCGCCCUUCAGUUGUUCCUUUCUGCGUUGGGAUUUGUUUUUGCCUGCUACAUCGUCAGCAUCUUCAAUGAAGACGAAGACACAUAUUUGUAUAAAUGAAACGGUCCAGCUUUUAACAACAUUCCCAGAGAAGGAAAUUUUCAAGAAAGGUCACCCUUUCUCAACAAACAAAGCACACCAGACAUAUUCCAUUAACAGUACUUCAGACAACAAUUAUAAACAGUAAAUAUAGUAUUCCACCACAAAAAAGGACAAAUAAGCAUGAGUUCAUCUCUAUUCCAAUAAGAUCUUGAUGAAAUCUGAAGAACCAUUCAGAAUUCAGAACUGCAGAAUUCUAUGAAAAGCAUGUUAAAUCUUUUGAAUGGUGCUAAGAGUAGGCCUACUACAAUUUUAUUGGUAUAGCUGAAAGCAGAUUAAAUGAGCAAAAUAUUAAACACACAAUCUAUGCAGAGGACAUAACAUGUGUAAAACUUAUGAAUAGAGCUUGUUAAUCGACUUUGUUGCGCCAUCUUGGGAGGAUGGCUGCUAGUGCGUUCAAUGCAGUGUUUUGUUUCUCUCGUUUGAUUAGGAAAUAUAACUAUGGUAGGUCAGUCUUGCUGUGUUAAAAACUGCAAUAUGCAAUUGGUCAGUCGUGGCCUAAUGGUUAGAGAGUCGGACUCGUGACCAGAAGGUCGCUGGUUUGAUUCUCAGGCGGGUAACGACUGAGGUGCCCUUGAGCAAGGCACCUUACCCCUACUUGCUCCCCGGCGCUGCAGUGAUAGCUGCCCACUGCUCUGGGUGUACGUGUAUUCACCACUUGCUGUGCGUGUGUUCACUACUCUCUGGAUGGGUUAAUUGCAGAGGUCACAUUUCGGGUAUGGGCAGUGUUGGGUAAGUUACUCUGAAAAAGUAAUUAGUUACUAAUUACAUAUUCAAUAGUGUAAUUAGAUUACUGUACAAAUUACUCCAAAAAGUAUUUAGUUACUAAUUACUUUCUAUAUCCUAUAUCAACCUUGAUUAGUUAAGUGAUUCAAGGAUAGACAUGAAAUAGCUCUUUUAAUUCAUUAAAAUAAAUAAUAUUAAAUUACAUAAAGUACAAUUAUUAACUUACCAAAGUAUUACAAAUGUGAGAAUUAUACAUUAAAGCACAGAUUUUAAAGUUAGACUUUGAAUUUUGAUGUCAAUUCCACUAUUGCACACACAUAUAUUACACAAAGUAUUUAGUUUAAUUACAUCAAAAGUAACUGUAAUUAAAUUACAGAAAAAAUAAGAGUAAUCCCUUACUUUACUUUUUCAAGGUAAAGUAAUUAAAUUACAGUAACUAAUUACUUAGUAACUAGUUACACCCAACACUGGGUAUGGGUCACCAUACCUGACAAAUAGGUCACUUUCAAUUCUUCACUUUCAAUAGCAUUACGCAUAGUCGUUCACGAAAAGCCCAUGGUUCUUUCACUUUCGAUUUCUCCAUAUAUCAAACAAAACAAGUAACGGUACAUAUCAAAACAAUAAUAGCAGUGGAGUAUUAUCCUCCCAAGAUGGCGGCGCCACCGCAACAUAGGGCGUGACGUCAGCUUCACAUUUUCUAUAAGGGUGUUCUCAUUCUUCACAGUUCAGUGGAGUUCAGAAUGAAAUAAGUAAAUGUCAUGUAGCCUACUCAGUUCUGUUAUCUGCAAUACAACAUAUACCAGAGCCAUAUUUGUGUAAGAGAAAGAAACGGCAGUGAGAAUGUCUCCAUGUCUUGGUCUGUUCUCCCAAAGAAAAAUGUAACACAAAACCAAACCUCAUUUUGUGAGUGUAAAUAUUUCAGCAUAAUGUUUGGCCAUAUCAUAUCUUGUUCUAUACUUAAUUUCACUUUAGUUAUGACAUGCCAAAAUAUAUAUUUUUUUUUUAUUAAAAUUUUAUUUGAACACUAUUUAGCAGGAUUACGAAAAACGGCAUUUUGUAAAUUUCUGGUUUUGAAGGUAAUCGAGGAAAUUCCCAAAUUGUCCUCGCGUUGUAGUGACACCUAGUGCACACAUUAAUAAACUGCAAGCGUUUGUGUUUACGUGUGCCCAGACUAAUGAUUUUGAUCAAUAAACAUGCCUCGAUUAUUGUG